GUGCUGAACUUUGAUGCAGAGAUGGUUUUCUGGAGCUGUUUAAUGUCUGUUUUUCUCUGGCUCAGAGUGUCACCUACUGCUGUGGAAUGGAGUGCUGAAAUGCCGAAAUCAGUGGUGGGCUUGUCUGGAUCAUGUGUGGUGAUUCCCUGUACUUUCAGCUACCCUGCAAAGGGAAAAACAUACACAGAAUUUACAGGGAUUUGGUAUAAAGGAUAUUAUGAAUUUAUUGUAUACCAUACAGACACCUCAAAAAUCAGUGACACAUUCAAAGGUCGCACUAGUCUCACUGGUGAUUUGCUCCAAAACGACUGUUCUUUGAAAAUCAGCUCUCUGAGCAGCAGUGACACUGGACCAUUCCUAUUCCGGAUUGAGAUUAAAGAUCUGGACAAUUUCAGCUAUGGGCAGAAUCAAACUUCUGUAACAGUGAAAGAAACACCAGAGAUUCCUACCGUCUCUGUGGAAGAGGAAAUGACAUCAGGAAAACCGGUGACUGCUACCUGUGCCGUGUCUCAUUCCUGCCCAUCAGACCUGCCUCGUGUCACCUGGAACUAUGACGGCACACACUCGAGUCUAUCACAGCCGCAAAAUCCCAGUCAAUUGAAGCUUACAUCUUACACCCUGACCUUCACCCCUUCUAGAGAAGACCAUAAUAAACAUCUCAGCUGCUCUGCAGAGUUUGAAGUGAAGACAGUGACAGACUACAAAACACUCAAAGUUAAAUAUCCUCCAUAUGAUGUAAAAGUGGUCUCUAAACCCUCAGUGAAGGAGAAUGACUCUGUUGAACUGACCUGCUCCAGUGACAGCAACCCUCCUGCAAACAGCUACCAGUGGUUCAGCUCAAAUGGGAUGUUGUUAGGAAACAAACAUACUCACAAACUGGAGAGAGUAUCUCGACAUACUCGCGCCAUUUCCUAUCCUCCAUAUAAUGUAAACGUGCUCACUAAACCCUCAGUGAAGGAGAAUGACUCUGUUGAACUGACCUGCUCUAGUAACAGCAACCCUCCUGCAAACAGCUACCAGUGGUUCAGCUCAACUGGAACAACAUUAGCAAAGAGCUCCAUUUACAAACUGGACAGAGUAUCUCGACAUACUGAGGCCAUUUCCUGUACAGUCAUCAACACAGAGGGAAAAAACAGUUCUGGUUCACAGAAACUUAAUAUACUGUAUCCUCCUGAAAUUAAAAGUGAAUCUUCUUGCCAGACUAUGAUUUUGACAGUCUGUGCCUGUAUCGUGGACUCCAACCCUCCCAGUGAAGUCAAGUGGUUUGGUCCAGAUUCUUCGAAAACCUUCUCCAGCACCAGCAUUAAACAAAAUGUGUCUCUUACCAUAUUCACCCUACAGGGUUGGCUGGGUUUCCCUGAGACUGUCCAGUGCUUUGCCAAUAACAUUCUGGGAAAUUCUUCCAUAAUUUUAGAAGCUCCUCAAAAUGGCAUAAUAAAAUACAUCGCUGUUGCAUCAGCUGUUUUAGUUGUUUUAGUCUGCAUUGUAGUGUAUGUUGAGUUUGGGCAGGACUUUGAGACCGCGGCUCCACCUCACAAUCUACUGCGCUGA